AUGGGUAAAAUUGUUGGUGUCGGUUUCCGUCCUAUAGAACAAGAACUCGUCGAUUUCUACCUCAAACACAAGUUGCUGGGUGAUGAUUCCCGUGUCGACGUUAUCCCUGUCAUUAACCUCUGCCAUGUGGAACCUUCGGAUGUACCAGGGAUACUUGCAAAAUCACGGAUUCGAUUGGUGACCCAGACUGGUUUUUCUUCAGUCCGGUUGAUUUCAAGUAUUCAAACAGAGCUGGAACACCAACACUCUCAUUGCCACAAAGAAGAAUCUUGUUUACUACAAGGAAGUGUUUCCUGUGGUGUCAAGUCCGACUGGGUUAUUCACGAAUAUCACGCUGUUACCUUUCAUGAAAGCGAGAAUGCUUUUGUGUUAUGCCGCUUGAUAAAGAAACCUGAGAAAAAAACUGAAGGAGGAACUGCUGCACUGAUAUGUGAUGAAGGGGAAUCCAGUAGAAGCGUGGUUUCUGACUAUGAAAAUCAGGCGAUAGCAGAAGGAGUUCCAUCCGGAGGUACUCUAACCGGAAUGGAAACAAUCUGUCACGUAACAUAUCAGGCAGAAAAAUGCAUCUCCCCUACAGAACCGUCACUAAUUGAAAUUGAGCAGGAUGACGAUGCCUAUUUUAGAAAUGAAAACAACAAUGGGCGGAGUCCUUCUGAAAUUAUGCAGAUUCCUUACGAAACUAUGCACACUCCUUGUGAAACUAUGCACACUCCUUAUGAAAUUAUGCAGAUUCUUGUGAAACUAUGCAGACUCUUUAUGAAACUUUGCAGAUUCCUUGUGAAACUAUGCAAAGUUCUUGUGAAAGUAUGCAGACUCCUUGUGAAACUAUGCAGACUUCUUUUGAAAGUAUGCAGACUCCUUGUGAAACUAUGCAGACUUCUUUUGAAAGUAUGCAGACUCCUUGUGAAACUAUGCAGACUUCUUUUGAAAGUAUGCAGACUCCUUGUGAAACUAUGCAGACUCCUUUUGAAAGUCUGCAGACUCCUUGUGAACCUGUACAGACUCUUUGUGAAAGUAUGCAGAUUUCUUGUGAAAGUAUGCAGAAUCCUUGUGAACCUAUGCAGAUUUCUUGUGAAACUAUGCAGAUUUCUCAUGAAACCAACCAAAUUCCUUUUGAAAUUUUGCAGUUUCUUUUGAAACUCCUUUUCAAACUAUGCAAACUCCAUUAGAAACUAAACAAAUUCUACCUAAACUCCCGAAUUCAUUAUUAGCCGAUGAAUAUUUAGUCACUCAAUCAAAGUCAUUGAAAAGGGCAUAUUGCGAAAGCUCUUAUAGAGAUGCAGAAGUCGUCCCUGAACGGGUAAAUAUUUAUUCUGCAAAGUCCAAAUAACAUUGAUGAGCGUAUCUCCUUUCGUUUCUGAACUUUCAUGCUGGUUUAGUAAGUUAAAAGUUGUAGUGUGCUUUAUGUUGAUUUGAAUUUGUCAUAUUUUUCACAAUAUAUAAGGAUUUUCUCGAGUAGAUUCUUGAAAGAUACUCAAGAAAAAUGCCUAGUUUGAGUUGGCUUUGAUGUGAUUCAUGAUCGAUUGAUGGGUUAUUAUGGAGACUAUAGGACUUGAGAACUGCACUAUUUUCUUGAAUUUGUUAUAUUGUUAUAGCACUUUUAGAAAUGAAUUCAUCUGUUUAUUUUCUUUUGAAACCAUUGCAGGACGCUAGUUUUGAG